AUGGCCAUGUGGGAAACCGAAGACGAGAGGAGCGGGCUGGCUAGGCCCGUCCUGUCUGCUGCCAUAGACACACAAAGACCGAGGAGCGCGAGGACGCCGUCGCGCGGUUCAAAACGGUCACGCCGCUCAGUAACACCUCCAGCGAAGAUCUCGUCGUCACCGCCACCAAUGCCCGGGAGCGACAAGACCGACAAGAGUGACCGGGUGUCCAAGGACUUCGCCACAGACAGCAAUAUCAGCAUCUUGGAUCCGCGGCGAUUCACACCGACCCUGCACGCCAACCUUGUCUCGGAGAUUUUGAGCCUUCGGAGAGACCAGGAGGAGAAGCUCAAGCUGAUUGAAAGCUUGGAGUCCACGCUCCAGACGACACGUGAAGAGGGUGAUUCGGCUCAGACGACACUUGUCAGCACGGCCAAGGAGAACAGGUCACUGAAGCGUCAACUGGCCCUGCUGGAAGGUGGCACAUCAUCAGCGUUGGGCGAGCUUGCCCGUGAGCGAGACGAGGCCGUCGAGGCAGCUGCCGAAUCAAGGAGGAAGCUAGAAGCGUCACAGAAGAAACUCAAGACGCAAGAAGACGACUCUGGCAGGACACAUGCUCAGUGGGCCAGGGAAAAAGAAGAGUGGGAUGAAGAAAGACGGAAGAUGGAGCGGAAGCUCCACGUGGCCGAGACCCGGCUGAAGACCAUCCUGGAAGAGGUGGCAGCGUUCCAUGAUGCUCAAGCCAAUGCUGAGGAAGAGAGCGGCGGCGAGGGCAAGGAAAAGGACAAGGACAGCGAUGCGGGAAGCGUCCGCUCGAUGAGCAUCCGGGAAAGCUUGAGGUUCUCCCUUAUGAAUAAGGCGAACGGGUACUCCCUCGCAGACGAACUCGACUUUGACGAUGACUCCGACUACCAGACGGACCCCAACGGCCGAGACAGCGUCAUGUCCACUCGUAACCACACACGGAACGACAGCCGUGCCAGCAUCCUGUCCAAGCGCCAUCGUCGUCAUCGCAGCAGCGAGAGCUUCAUCAGACCCGGCAGUGUGACCCGCGGAAAGUUCCAGCCGCAGAUGCAGGGUGAAGGCAAUCUCGCCAAUGGUAUCAUCCAGGAGAUCGAGGAGCCGCCGUCACCUGCACUCCCGGAACGGACGGUCAGCUACACAGAUACAGGGGUGCAGUGCUCACCACCGCCGUCGCCGAAGCCGCAGCCAGCGAAGCCUUCCACACCGGAGCUGACCGGGGUGACGGCACUGGCAGCGCGGUGGGAGAAACACCAUGAGGCCGAGGCGACGGAGGCGAAUCAGCGGAGGAAGCGUGUCGCUGCUGCUGCUCGCCCCGUUUCUGUCCCAACCACGGCGCCUCAGAUCCUGAUGGUGUCUGCUUCCGCGCAGACUGUAGACGUACCUUUGAGUCCACCCAGAACACCGAAAUCUGAGCCCUUGGAGCCGGCGCCAGCGCCAAAGCCCAAGCCAGUCGACAUGAUCUCUUCUGCUACCCAAACUGACGCUCCAUCUCCGCCCCCUCUACCUCGACCAGUGACGCCUCCAGUCCCGGCUAUCCCCAGCAUCGCCAUACAUCCUCCAAAGAGCCGGCCCACAACCCCGAAGAAAUCGCUUUUGCCGCAGUUAUUCAAGGACUUCGGCUGCCAGGUGUCGCUGCCAAGCGUGCCGAUGAGCUCUAGCGGUGUACAGACGGAGGAGAUCCGAGUUGAUCAGCGACUAGACAAGCUUCCUGCUCACUUACACCCCUCAGCUAUCAACUCCAGGCCGACAUCCCCAGCCCAGGGUACUGAGAUCCCGAACGAUCCGGAACGUCACUUCACCCCAGUUCCCGGCAAUCUCCCGCCUCGUAACCCUAGAAGGCUUACAAGCCAGAGAAGCAUCGGCGAACUUGCGACCUCGGCUCGUAUGUCGGUUGAUUCUGAGCCGAAGGACGCAUAUCCAGGGAACAAUGACGAUGGUCCGGUGUCUCAGAAAGCGACAGUGCGGAGACCCCACCGGAUCAGCAGCUUGUUCGCCGGAUUUGACGCUGUCAGUUCAGCAGAUGAGGCUGACGAUUUCGCCGACGCCGAUAUGAGUGACACCGAGUAUAGGACUGCCCUAUCCGCUCCUCGGCCGGUCAAGACCCCUGAGCCUGGUCGAAGCACACCCGGAUCUAUGCCAUCGUCUCCGGAAGACGUAGCACCGAAGAAGUCCGCACACAAGUUCCCCACUCGCCCGGCUGGCAAGAGCGAGUUCCCGUCUUCUCCAAGGCUCGCAGACAGCCCUGAGGGCUUUGGUCCCGCCACCAAGGGCUCAAAGGGCCACAUCCGCGGAUCCGGCAUGGGUGCAAAGUCUGGAGGGAUGCGAAAGGCCGCCAUGAUCCAGAAUGGCAUCUCCACGCACCAGGAAGAUGCUAAGGACCCACCAUUCCCUAUUCCCACAAGAGCCAGCUCUCGUAAACCUCUCAACGGCAACAGUGACAGCAACCGGAGUCCGACGAGGAAUGAGCCAUGGAGGAAGAAUCGGAUGCCGCUCCAUCGUGCCAAUAGUCUCCGCAAGAGCAGGCCGGGUACUAGUGGAUAUGGCAAGAGCAGGGGCAGGAGGCAGAAUAGCAGGUCGCCCCCCUAUACCCCCAAUGACGUCCCCCCUCUCCCUCGCAACCAGCUCACGACGCCGAAGAAUGAGCGUGGUAGGGCCAGGGGUCACAGUCACCACCCUUCCACCAACACUGCGACGACAGAGGCAACCGGUUUCCAGUCGAAUGCCAGCUCGCAGCCGGCUGCGAACACGGUGGUAGAUGCCAUCGCCCAGACGAUGGUUGGCGAAUGGAUGUUCAAGUAUGUCCGCCGGAGGAAGUCCUUUGGCGUGGCGAACGACAAUGUCGGCAAGGAUGACUCGAGCAAUGACAGGCACAAACGCUGGGUGUGGUUAGCCCCCUAUGAGAGAGCAAUCCUCUGGAGCAGCAAGCAGCCCUCUAGCGGUAGUGCACUGCUCGGCAAGUCAGGUCGUAAACUCACCAUCCAGUCGGUACUUGACGUUAAGGACGACAACCCGCCGCCCAGGGGCCAUACUGUUGUCUUCAACCGCUCGAUCCUCAUCCUAACCCCUCAGCGCGCACUGAAGUUCACAGCCGUCAACGCCGAACGCCACUACUUGUGGCUGACUUCCCUCUCCUUCCUCGCCCACUCUCAGCAGCAGGUACCUGACCUACCAGCGCCGCCAGCCCCGGCCCCGGCCAAGACACCAGACUUUGAUAUUCCCCCAAGUAAGGCUAAAUCCCGAAGACCACGCAUCCGCGAUUCCAUUCGCCUUGCCAAAGGCCACAAUGCCAACCACGCAGCCAACAACGCUGCCGCGGCCCAUCCCAGUGGAGGCUCCGGAAUAAUGACACACCAGCUGACAAACGGAGGUCACCAACCGGCGCCCAAGCCCAGUAUUCCAGAUGUCCCAUCGAGUCUCGUCCCAGGAUAUAGGUCCCCACCCCCGCCAGCAGCCAGCGAGAGCGUCGCAUCCGGAUACUCGAACCCAUCGAACCAUGGCAACACGGCGCAGCACAGCCGGGAGUGGUCCAGCGACGCCGCGGAGCCACCUUUUAUACCCCGCUUCCAAGAUCGGGAUCGUGCCCAGGUUGGCGGCGGCGGCGGCGGCGGCGGUGUGAUCCAUGGGCGCAAGAGGAGCAACACUGGUGGCCACGUGCCUCCGCCGCUUUCUUUCCGCGGGUUCUCGGGCCCCAACAGCUACCAUGCCCCAACCAACAGCCAGUCGACAGGCACGGGCUCCUCGGAGGUGUACUCAACCCCGAGUAACAACAGCCACAGCACGCCGUACUCGGGCUACUCGGGCUACUCGGGGCCGGCGUCGGCAGGGCUCAGCAGCCAGGGCUGGGGCGGGAUGAGCGUCGUGAGCGGGCGGACGAGCGAGGCUUCGAACCGGACGAGCGGCGCCAACUUCUUCGAUGCGAUCGGCACGGUGAGGAUGGAGGCGUUCAUCAGCCCGCUGGCGUUCAGCCAGUUUGGGGCCGAGGGCGACCAUCACGGCGGCGCUGGCGGCCACUACCCCGACCCGCUCGAGGACUCGAGAUACCGGGCGAGGAGGAGGUCAAAGGAGAUCCGCCGGCGGAGGAGCAGGAGCCGGCAGAGGGACAGCUACUCGUCGCGCGGUGCGAGGAGCGACUACUACAGCGGGAGCAGGACCGCGGGCGAGGAGGAGUACUCGAGGGACGACCCUUUUAAGGGGUUCUGA